GGAAGGAUCUAGAAUCCUCCUCCUCGUCGUUCCCUGUCCUAGUAGUAUAAAUACAAACCCUAAACUUCAUUCACCCAUAUAUUUCUCGUCUGUUUUGUUGUUGAAGAGGACUCUCGACGCAAAGGUUCAAAGAAAGAAAGAAAGAAAGAAAGAAAGAAAGAAAGGGUAGGAAUCAUCAGGAGGCAUGGAAAACAGGGAUGAAGAGGAGGAGGAGAACAAUGCUUACAGACCAAUGGAUACAGUCUUGGCUCCCAUCUUCAUCCAAAUGAUGAAAAACUCCGCAAGGAACGGAACCACCACCGACAUGGAUUCACAGCUUCAAGAGAUUCUCAGGAGAAGAGGAAGACGUCCCGUUUCCAUUGACCAGCUGCUUCAGGGCAUACGUACUGGCUUAACACUUGCCCCUGCUGCUGCUGCUGCUGAUGCUGGUAGAGAGAGAGGACGCGUGAUCGUCACCAAUCCCUACAACCAGAUCGUCGCUGUCCCGAGCUCUGCUGUUUCCGACGCUCUGCCUCCUGCUGUUGCUGGUUCUCUCAGCGAGUACUUCAUCGGUCCUGAAUUUGAAGCCAUGCUUGAGCGUUUGACUGAGACUGAUCCCAGCAGAUACGGAACGCCUCCAGCUCGGAGAGAUGCUGUUGAGGCUUUGGCUAGUGUGAUAAUCCAAGAGCCUGGGCUGCAGUGUUCUGUGUGUUUGGAUGAUUUUGAGGUUGGAACUUUGGGGAAACAGAUGCCGUGUAACCACAGGUUUCAUCCUCACUGCUUGCUCCCAUGGCUUGAGCUUCAUAGCUCAUGCCCUGUUUGUAGGUAUCAGCUACCUGAAACAAAUGGUGUUAGUGGUGGUGGUGGGUCUUCUUCUUCUUCUUCUUCUUCUUCUUCUACAAGCAGCAGCCAGGGAUAUGAGAACAGCCAUGGAAACCGUGAUGAUGAUGAUGGUGAUAGGAGCAUGCUCGAUGCCAUGGAAGCUUAGCCACCUGUUAAUUGUUAAUUGCUUGCAAUUAGUGAAAAUCAGUAGAAACAUAUUCAUCACCAUUGCAUGUGAAUGGUUUUGUUUCUUUUUGACCGACUGCAUGCGGCUUGUUUAAAACAUGCUCUUCUCAGGGACGAUAAAUACAAUUUAGAGCUGUGUUCCUAUCUUUUGUCUAUUCAAUGAACGCGUUACUAUGUCUU